AUGCCUUUUUAUGUGGCUGUAAAUUAUACUUCGUUUAUCAACUUUCUUUUAUACAUCAAUUUUGAUUUCUUUCUUCCGUUCUUUCUUUCUUUCUUUCUUUCUUUCGUUCUUUCUUUCUUUAUUUAUUUAUUUCUUUCGUUCUUUCUUUCUUUCUUUCUUUCUUUCGUUCUUUCUUUCUUUCUUUCUUUCUUUCGUUCUUUCUUUCGUUCUUUCUUUCUUUCUUUCUUUCGUUCUUUCUUUCGUUAUUUCUUUCUUUCUUUCGUUCUUUCUUUCGUUCUUUCUUUCUUUCUUUCUUUCUUUCUUUCUUUCGUUAUUUCUUUCUUUCUUUCGUUCUUUCUUUCUUUCUUUCUUUCGUUAUUUCUUUCAUUCGUUCUUUCUUUCUUUCUUUCUUUCUUUCUUUCUUUCGUUAUUUCUUUCUUUCUUUCUUUCGUUCUUUCUUUCGUUCUUUCUUUCUUUCGUUAUUUCUUUCUUUCUUUCGUUAUUUCUUUCUUUCUUUCGUUCUUUCUUUCUUUCUUUCGUUAUUUCUUUCUUUCUUUCUUUCUUUCGUUAUUUCUUUUUUUCUUUCUUUCGUUAUUUCUUUCUUUCUUUCGUUAUUUCUUUCUUUCUUUCUUUCGUUAUUUCUUUCUUUCUUUCUUUCUUUCGUUCUUUCUUUCUUUCUUUCUUUCGUUCUUUCUUUCGUUCUUUCUUUCUUUCUUUCGUUAUUUCUUUCUUCUUUCUUUCUUUCUUUCGUUCGUUCUUUCUUUCUUUCUUUCUUUCUUUCUUUCGUUCUUUCUUUCUUUCUUUCGUUCUUUCUUUCUUUCUUUCUUUCGUUAUUUCUUUCUUUCGUUAUUUCUUUCUUUCUUUCGUUCUUUCUUUCUUUCUUUCUUUCGUUCUUUCUUUCUUUCUUUCUACCCUACCUUCAUUGAUUUUCUCAUUACUUUAUUUGCCAACUUUCUUUCAUAUUUAAUUUUAAUUUUCUUUCUUUCUUUUUUUCAAAUAUAUCUCUUAUCUAAAACCAUCUUCUGUCUUCGUUUGUUUGUUUUUCUUUCUUUCUUUCUUUCCACCCUUUCUUCUUUGAUUUCUUUAUUUCUAACCUGUCUUUUUCCGAAUUUUCUUUCAUUCAUCAUUUUUUUUACUUUUUUCCUCUUUCUUUCUUUCUAUCUAUCUUUCUUUCUUUCUGCUUUCCUUUCUUUCUUUCUUUUUCUCUUUGUCUUUCUUUCUUUCUUCCUUUCUUUCUUUUUUCUUUCUGCCUUUCUGUCUUUCUUUCUGCUUUCCUUUCUUUUUUAUUUCUUUUUCUCUUUGUCUUUAUUUCUAUCUUUCAUUCUUCCUUUCUUUUCUCUCUCUCUCUUUCUUUCUUUCUUUCUGUGUUCAUUCCUUUCCUCUACACAAUACUUUCUUCUUUCCAUUUUUCAUCUUCUCUCUUUUCAUUAUAAUACCCUCUUUUUGAUUUUUUUAUUCUUUUGUAAUUCCUCAUUCCUAGAUCCAACUUUCCAUAUAAUCCUUCCUGACCUCCCAACCUCAACACUUGACAUGUCUUUCCCGCCAUUAUCAACCUUCGCGGACAUCUUUGACAACAUCAACCGAUAA